AACAUUCAGGUACGCGUGAAUCAGCUUUCUCAUCAUUAUAUGAAGCAUGGGGUUCACCAGGGAAUCCUCGAUGUCGGUUGUCAUGCCAGAUCUAGAUGUCCGUGUUGUAGACAUGCAUUGUAGUCCACAGAAAGUACUAUACACUUCGUUUGGGUUGAACCCAUCGACCUGAAUCCACAUUGCCACUCGCGGAGUACUACAUUGAUCAACACUGUUAGUCAGAGCAUGACCAGGAUCUGCAUUGUGUCGAGAUCAUUAUCUGGUGGUUGAAUUCGAGUAAGGAGAAGACUGCGAGUGCACAUUGUCGGACAGCACUGACCUCCGCAAAGUUUUAAACGCUACCAUCAUGGCCGCUCUGGAUAGGAGCGCGUCGGGCUCCUUGUAUCAGAGGUCUUCCUCCAUGUCGAAGACCGAAACGAGCGACACUACUCCUCUCGGGGAGGCAAUUCUAGUGAAACAAGCGUCGCAAUCUCGUGAUCGCAUGCGCGCGUCACCAGAGCGCACGUCCUCGCCCCGAAGUGAAGGGGCCAGUGCUGGAGUCUGGUACCGCAACAUUGUUAUCGGGCUUGUGGGUACCCUCCUCGUAGUUGCUGUAGUAACCUGGCCCAGUUUCGGCUCUCCAGCGAUCCCUGGCGAGCCUGUACCGGCUCCGGCUACGGAAGAGGACAAAUGGGAGUCUGCCUCAAGAGCUCUUCCCUUCCACCUGUACAUCAGGAAUGCUGUUGGAAGGUCGAAGUUUCUUGUGACGGAUCUAGUUCCCGAUGUUACGUAUCACAGAGGGCCUAUCCUUACUGGUGACAAUAGAAAGGUACUGAAAGUGCAUGUGAUUUUUUACGGUGCUUUCACUAGAGCCCAGAAGUCUAUUGUCACAUCCUUCUUGCAAUCAUUCACUGCCCCCAAGUCCUCCCGCAGCUUCCCCACUGUUGCUAGCUGGUGGGCAAUCGUCACUAAAUACAAGAAUUCAAGAGGUGCCUCAGUUGCACCCACGGUGACGCUCGGUACCCAGGUUCACGACUGGAAGUACUCCUUGACUAAAAGUUUGAAGCAAGGUGACAUGGAGAAGAUUGUCACAUCUUCUCUGAAGAAGGGAUUGGCUUUGGAUCCCGCUGGUGUCUACCUCGUGCUCACCUCCGACGACGUGAACGUCCAAGGAUUCUGCAGCUCUCAGUGUGGAACCCACAGCUCCAUUCGUCCCUCACCUCUCACCAGAAAGACGAGACUCCCUUACGUCUGGGUUGGUAACUCUGCAAAGAUGUGCGGAGGUUACUGCGCAUGGCCAUUCUUCAAGGCUGCCUAUGGAGCUGGGCCUCAGACUUCUGCACUGAAAUCUCCUAAUGGUGAUGCCGGAAUAGACGGUAUGCUCAUCAACGUAGCUGCGAUGCUUGCCGGCACUGCAACCAACCCCUACGGUAAUGGCUACUUCCAGGGCGACGCUAGGGACCCGCUAGAAAUUGCUGGGGUAUGCGCAGGAAUCUAUGGGAAGAACUCUUACCCUGGAUAUCCGGGUGAACUUCUCAAGGAUUCUAGAGGCGCCAGCUUCAAUAUGUAUGGCGCUAACCGUCGCAAGUUCUUUCUGCCGUGGGUCUGGAACCUGUCUAAGAAAGAAUGUGCCGGUCAGGCGUAAUCUUUCACUCAUUAUCAGUGAUCGCUGUUCAGAUAUCCAGUGCACUAAGGCGCACCACGCAGCAUGAAAAGUUCCUGCUGAUGAACAGCCCAAUGUGUAGAUUUACGAGUUACAUGAUUUUUCCCCAUUUCUAGCCGCUUGGAAUUAGGAUUAGCACGAUUACUUCUAAUUGGCGGCGUGAGCCGGCCGCACCAGAUAGAAGAGUCAUGCAUCGCCGUCGCGGAUGUAAAAGAUAGAGCCGGCGUCUGAUUGUUCAAUGCGAAACCAACAUACUUGUUUCGCUCCGUCGUGUUGAAUGCGAAGCAUACUCAACUGCAGACAGUAAAAUUGUUUUCCAAUAUGUGAGAUAUGCAAGUGGGCAUCUACAGAA